AUGGAAGCCUUGCUCAAACGGCUUUUGGACGAAAAAGAAACGGCUGUACAUAUCCACACUCGUCCCACUGAAAUACUCGUUGAUAUUCACCUCUACAACCGUGUGCUCGACGCUUGGGCCCGCGCCGCGCUCUUUGGCACGCACGGGGUCGCGGCAUCCCAACGCGCGCGCCAAAUGCUCGUUCUCCUACAGGAAAACUACGAACAAACCAACGAUCCGCUCCGACAACCCACCGUGACCAGCUUCAAUCUCGUCCUUCAUGUUGUUACCAAAAUUGAAGGCGCUCUCGUGGCCCGCCGAUUACUCGCUUGGAUGGAACAUCUCUGCAAGUCGGGGAAAAACCCACACGCGCAACCUUCCCGGACCGACUAUAUUCUCGUCCUCGACGCUAUUGCCAAUUCGCGGGACGAAAACGCUGGAGUUCUGGCCCAAGGAUACUUGCGACACAUGAAAGUCGCCAGUGCCGUGGCGCCGGAUACGCUCUGCUACAAUAUUGCCAUUAAGGCCUGGACCAAAUCCAGCAAACGCGGACGAGCGUCUGCGGAACACGCCGAUCGGAUUCUGGAAGACAUGAAACAAUCGGCCACCCCGCCCGAUCUCGUCACGUACGCUUCCGUUAUUGCGGCCUGGGCCUCUAGUGGCAUGAAGACACACGCCGCUGAAGAAUACCUGGAUCGCAUGUGGGAGUUGUACAACGCUGGCGAUACCAAAGUCAAGCCUGACGAUUUCAGUUAUAAUACUGUCAUCAACGCCAUUUCCAAGAGCCAAAACGAGGGCAAAGCGCAAAAAGCGUUGCGAAUUCUCCGACGAAUGGACAAGCUAUAUCAGGCCGGCAACAAGGAAGCACGCCCGAAUGCGGUAACUUAUACUGCAGUAUUGAACUCCUGCGCUUUUCCUGCAGUGCUUGAUUUUCGAACACGACGGAAAGCUCUGGAUACAGCCAUUUUCACUUUGGAGGAGUUGCAGUCGUCUGGAUAUGGACAGCCGAAUCAGGUCACGUAUGGAACUUUUAUCAAGGCUUGCGCCAACCUACUUCACGACGAUGACGAUUUGCGCCGUGAGGUCAUUGAACGGGCCUUCCGACAAUGUUGCAAGGCUGGCCAGGUCGGUGAAAUGGUACUAACGUAUCUGCGACAAGCAGCACCGGCUGACCUGUAUGAGGAGCUGUUGGCGGAUUCCAUUUCAUCACAUGCCAGAGUGUCGGUCCGUGACUUGCCCGAGGAAUGGCGCUGUAACGUUCAGGACGAAGACAAUUGGCGUGUCAAGCCGUAUGGAAAUAGAACACGCAAUGGGAAAGCACGGGGUAGAAGAAAAGCUUCGCUACCCCGCUUGAACAAACACUGAGAAACGUAUACCUAUUCUGUCCAGUAGUGUAUAUAUUAAUUUCUUUAGCUCAAUGG